AUGUACUCUGGUCACUUGGCCAUUCCAAGCUGCACCAACUCCACUGGCUUUGACAAGCGCGACGACUUGCUCGACUUUCCCACGUUUUCGAACGAAAGCGUGAAUCGACAUCCCCAUGUCCACGCCCGCCAAGACUUGAUCUUCUUCUCGAAAUCUCAUUUCCGACGAGGUGAUUACGACCACAUGCAGCUGCACGACCUCAACCUGGGCAAAGUCAGCGAAUACGCUACGUUUAUGGCGUUGCAAGCCACUACACAGUACAAGCUGGCCAUAGACAAGCGCUGAUCUUAUAUAUCAUGUGUUGCAUUGACAGAUUGGCAGACAUGGAAGUAUAUAGACGGGAGUAAUAGUUAUACUUUUCGACAAUAAUAUAUGCGUGUCGACACUGUAGUCGAGUCGCGCGCGAUGGCUUUCGCUUUGC